CCUAUAAAUACUCUUUUUCAUGCUCUCUCCUUCACUGCAAUCUCACUCAUCUCUGCAACUCAUCACUCUUGGAUUGCAGUCUCACUCUCACGGACUACGCAUUCUCUCCCUCCCUCUCUCUCUGGAAUUUUAAUUUCUCUGUCUAAAAUGGCUCGCUUCUCCUCUGUGUUGGUGUUGAUGCUGGUGGUUUCACUGUUGGUGAGUCUCACAUCGGCUCGAUCUCCGGUUUCUUCUCCCAAGAUCUUGUCUCCGACUGGAUCGCCCGGGCUGGCUGCUCCACCUAAGGCAUCAUCUCUGUCAUCUCCUUCGGAGUCGCCUGUCGAAGCUCCGGCAAUGUCUCCUUCUUCAAUCUCUGCUCCGCCAUCAGAAGCACCAGCACCGGCGGUAAGCAGCGCCGGUCUGAAUAGGUUUAGCAUGGCUGGAUCUGUUGCUGUAGCGGUCAUGGCUGUGGCUUUGGUGAUGUAGAGAGUAUUACAGUAGGGUUCAGUUCAUGGUCUCCACUGUAGUGUUGCUUUCUUUUUAAGAUUGAGACACUUCAUUCAUUUGAUUAUUUCUGUGUAUGUGUUCUUUAUUAUGAAAUUAUGAAUGAUAUUCUUUAUUUAUAAAA